UCACGACCACGGUCGCCCCGACCACCGCCGCCCCGAACACCAGCACCACUACGGCGGCCUGCGCGGCCCUGGGCGAAGACUGCAGGGGCGCGCAGUGCUGCCUGUCGGCGGGCACCGCGUGCUUCGAGAAGAACGCGACCGCGGCGUUCUGCAAGGCGGACUGCGCGGGCGGCCCCGACAUGGCGGAGGCGGAGUACUCGGCGUGGACGUGCCAGCAGCUCGGGCCACGCGCCGCGGGCGAGGCGCGGCCGGUCGACUGGGAGCUGGCGCCUGCUCCCAAGUGGGUGAAGGAGAGCUGCUCCCCGGAGGGCGCCAACUGCCUCGAGACGAGGUGCUGCAGCGACGGGGGCAUGCAGUGCUACGCCAAGCACGAGUCGCUCGGCUGGUGCAAGCCGUCCUGCACGCCUGGCGUGGACUUCGAGGACGCCGACUCGGAGCCCUGGAGCUGCAAGGAGGUCGGCCCCCGCACGCCCGGGAAGAUCCCGGUGGUCGACACGACGGGCCUGCCGAUGCCGGCGUGGGCCGCCAGCGCCUGCGCCUCCAGCGGCGAGAACUGCACCCUCGCGAGGUGCUGCAGCGAGCCGGGCCACAGGUGCUUCGCGAAGGGCAACGGGUGGGCCUCCUGCAGGCCGGAGUGCGUCCCAGGCCCGCAGCCGGACGACCGCGCGGACAGGCCGUGGACAUGCGAGGCGCUCGGGCCGAUGAGCCCAGGCGUCGCCACGAUCCCCAAGAUCCGGCGGGGCUCCUUCCUCGUCGUCGGCGACUGGGGCUGGGACGAGAAGAACUCCGGCGGCAUCACCCAGGAUUGCCAGAAAAACAUCGCGGCUGCGAUGGACAGAAAGAUGACCGAGCUUGGGGAUGUGAAGUUCGUGAUUAGCUUGGGUGACUCGUUCUACUCCAACGGCGUCGAAGACAAGAAGGACCCGGAGUGGGACCUGAAGUGGCGCUGGGUGUACAGCGUGCAGCUUCGCAGUGUCGCCUGGUACAGCGUGUAUGGCGACCACGACUACCACAAGGACCCGUGCGCGUGCACCCCGGACGACGAGAAGUGCGCGCAGACCAAUUACGACAAGGACGACUUCCUGUACUUCCGGAUGCCCGGCACCAGCUACUUCCACGAAUACCCGGAGCUGGGCAUCGAGCUAGUGGGGCUUGACCUCAACAACUUCCAGAAUGGAGCUGACUUCGAGGACGAGAAUUCAGCGGACGAGCUCAUGUUCCAAGAUUGCUUCAAGACCGCAUGCGCUUUCAAGUGCCUGGACUACAUGAAGAAUCGUACGCAGAGGAGUCUGGAUCUCUUCUACGACCGCGCGAAGAAAUCGACCCAGAAGUCGCUGGUUGUCUUCUCUCACUACCCGACAGACUAUUUCAGAGCCGCCCCAAAGUUUCUCGAGACACUCAGUGACAACUCCACUUACGGCAUCACCUACUACGGCGCCCACCGCCAGACAAUCGACCAGUCUGGCGUCUCCAUCGAGCCGAACACCAACUGGGUCGUCGGCGGCGGCGGCGGGGACAAGUGCAAGACGACCAGCACGCAAGGCUUCGUCGUCGGAGAGAUCUGGGGCGACAGCUCGAUUACGUCCACUCCCGUCGCCGUCGACAACAGCGCCUGCUGCGCCGAGAGCUGACGGGGGCCCGCGCCGCCCCCACCGCAGACCGCGGGGGCCUGUGCUCCGUGGAGCAACGUCGGCCUCUGAUCACGGUUCAUGCCGCGUCCUUGGCAAGGGUUGCGGGCGCACUCGUCCUAGCCGUACUGGCACGAGCUGCCAGCACACUCGCUCCGGCCCAUCUGGCACGAGCUGCGAGUACAUUCGCUCUGGCCUUCUUGGAGAGAUCUGCAAGCGGCAGUGAAGCGUGCCAAAGCGUGCUUCAUGAAUUGGCGACCGCCUUGAAUUAGCCGCUGUCCGCGCCCCCACGAGGUGACGAGGUGCCGGUCUGCAAGUGACACUGACGGCGUGCUAAAGCGGGCUUCAUUCUCUUCCAUGGCACACGUGCCACUUGUUAUUUCGCGACUUUUGACUGCCUUGAAUGGGCCGCUGUCGGCGCCCCCACGAGGUGCCCUGAAUUAAUCCCUGUCGGCGCCCCAACGAGGUGCGUUUCAGGUGCAACUUCCGCUCGUCAAGCUCAGGUGCUGCAGGCAUUCGUAGCUGCUUCUUGUAGGGCAGCUGGGCCCAUGCCUCGGCCUACAUUCAGUCCGAUUGCGCGGAUCGAGCGGCGGCUUCGAUAGAGACGAACAUGUUGGG